GGGCAUGGUAGGGCCAUGGCUGAGGGUGAGGAUAUGCAGACCUUCACUUCCAUCAUGGAUGCACUGGUCCGCAUCAGUACGAGCAUGAAGAACAUGGAGAAGGAACUGCUGUGCCCAGUGUGUCAAGAGAUGUACAAGCAGCCACUAGUGCUGCCCUGUACCCACAACGUGUGCCAGGCCUGUGCCCGGGAGGUGCUGGGCCAGCAGGGCUACGUAGGCCAUGGUGGGGACCCCAGCUCCGAGCCCACCUCUCCUGCCUCCACCCCUUCCACCCGAAGCCCUCGCCUCUCCCGAAGAACCCUCCCCAAGCCAGAUCGUUUGGACCGGCUGCUUAAGUCAGGUGGGGCUGGGCCCUGUGGGGUGGGGGUGAGGAGGCUGGGAUGUCCUUCAGGAAGAUGGAAGAGGUCCAUCACUGGUCAGGGGCAUCUGUCUUUCAGGGGCUGGAGAUACUGCUCAUCCAGGCUCUAGUGAGAGAAGAGCUCUGGCACAAUAAAAAUUAAUUUUUAAUUGAACCGAUUUCCCCCACCCCAGACAGCUCUAAUGUUCAGCUCUCUACCUCCUGGCCCAUCCACAGGCUUUGGGACAUACCCCGGGCGGAAGCGAGGUGCUUUGCACCCCCAGGUAAUCAUGUUCCCGUGCCCAGCCUGCCAGGGCGAUGUGGAGCUUGGGGAGCGGGGCCUGGCAGGGCUGUUCCGGAAUCUGACCCUGGAGCGAGUGGUGGAGAGGUACCGCCAGAGUGUGAGUGUGGGUGGUGCCAUCCUGUGCCAACUGUGCAAGCCCCCGCCACUAGAAGCCACCAAGGGCUGCACCGAGUGCCGGGCCACCUUCUGCAAUGAGUGCUUCAAGCUUUUCCACCCCUGGGGCACCCAGAAGGCCCAGCAUGAGCCCACCCUGCCUACUCUCUCAUUCCGCCCCAAGGGCCUGAUGUGUCCAGACCACAAGGAAGAGGUGACCCACUACUGUAAGACGUGCCAACGGCUGGUAUGCCAACUCUGCCGAGUGCGGCGCACUCACAGCGGGCACAAGAUCACACCAGUACUCAGCGCCUACCAGGCCCUCAAGGACAAGCUGACAAAGAGCCUGACAUACAUCCUGGGAAACCAGGACACAGUACAGACCCAGAUCUGUGAGCUGGAGGAGACUGUGAGGCACACCGAGGUGAGUGGUCAGCAGGCCAAGGAGGAGGUGUCCCAGCUGGUGCGGGGGCUGGGGGCUGUGCUGGAGGAGAAGCGGGCAUCACUGCUUCAGGCCAUUGAGGAAUGCCAGCAGGAGCGGCUGGCCCGUCUCAGCGCCCAGAUCCAGGAGCACCGGAGCCUGCUAGAUGGCUCAGGUCUGGUGGGCUACGCCCAGGAGGUUCUUAAGGAAACAGACCAGCCUUGCUUUGUGCAAGCAGCCAAGCAGCUGCACAACAGGAUUACCCGAGCUACGGAGGCCCUCCAGAUGUUCCGACCAGCUGCUAGCUCUUCCUUCCGCCAUUGCCAGCUGGACGUGGGGCGUGAGAUGAAGCUGCUGACAGAGCUUAACUUCCUGCGAGUGCCCGAGGCUCCUGUCAUUGAUACCCAGCGCACCUUUGCCUACGACCAGAUCUUCCUGUGCUGGCGGCUGCCCCCACACUCACCACCUGCCUGGCACUACACCAUUGAGUUCCGGCGCACGGAUGUGCCUGCCCAGCCGGGCCCCACCCGCUGGCAGCGGCGGGAGGAGGUGAGGGGCACCAGUGCCCUGCUCGAGAACCCUGACACUGGCUCUGUGUACGUGCUGCGUGUCCGUGGCUGCAACAAGGCCGGCUACGGCGAGUACAGUGAAGAUGUGCACCUGCACACGCCCCCAGCACCUGUGCUGCACUUCUUCCUCGAUGGCCGCUGGGGUACAAGCCGAGAGCGGCUGGCCAUCAGCAAGGACCAGCGAGCAGUGCGGAGUGUUCCAGGGCUGCCCCUGCUGCUGGCUGCUGAGCGGCUGCUGACGGGCUGCCACCUGAGCGUGGAUGUGGUCCUGGGCGAUGUGGCUGUGACCCAGGGCCGCAGCUACUGGGCCUGCGCCGUGGAUCCAGCCUCCUACUUGGUCAAGGUGGGCGUUGGGCUGGAGAGCAAGCUUCAGGAAAGCUUCCAGGGCGCCCCUGAUGUGAUCAGCCCCAGGUAUGACCCGGACAGCGGACAUGAUAGCGGUGCUGAGGAUGCCACAGUGGAGGCGUUGCCACCCUUCGCUUUCCUAACCAUUGGCAUGGGCAAGAUCCUGCUGGGGUCUGGGGCCAACUCAAAUGCAGGGCUGACAGGGAGGGAUGGCCCUGCAGCGAGCUGCACAGUGCCCUUGCCGCCCCGCCUGGGCAUCUGCCUGGACUACGAGCGGGGCCGGGUUUCCUUCCUAGACGCCGUGUCCUUCCGCGGGCUCCUGGAGUGCCCCCUGGACUGCUCCGGGCCUGUGUGCCCUGCCUUUUGCUUCAUUGGGGGUGGGGCAGUACAGCUACAAGAGCCUGUGGGCACUAAGCCUGAGAGGAAGGUCACCAUUGGGGGCUUUGCCAAGCUGGACUGACCCUUUCAGGCCUCUCCUGGACCCUGGGUUCCCAAGCCUCCUAGAGCCGGGUUAUUCCUCCGGCAGCUUCUCCCCCAAACUCUUCCUACCAUGUGGUCCUGUCCCUUACCCUAUGUCUGUGUCUUCCCAGGGCCUUCUCUUGACCAAGGGACUCUCCUCUGCUCACCUCUCUGGAUGUCCCCCAUUCUCUCCAUUGCCUGUUAAUCCAGGCUCCCACCCUCACCAGGUCUCUGCCCCAUGCCCUGCCCUUGGCAUCUUACCCAGGUCAUGGAGAGAGCCCCUUCCCCAUCCCUGUCCUGUGCUCCUCCCCAGGCUGUUUGGGAGGGAAGGCACCUGGAACACUGGGCAUGAUCCCCAGCUCUACCCUCUGCCCUGCCAAGCUCCCUGCCCCAAUGAUGCUGAACUACAGCCUUGGGGCGGGCAGCCUCUUUGGCCAGACACUGCCCAGGCACUUCCUGGUGAGGGGAAGGGGACCCUAUCAUCCUGCUUUAUUUAUUUGGGUCCCCAUACCCCUCAGCCGCAUGCCUCUUAUGUCCCCCUUCUCUCUUUUGCAUGCUUUACCUGCCCCACACCCAUGCCAACGUGCCAAGUCUCCCUUGGGACCCCAGCUGAGGUUGGGUGUCCCCGGUGGGUUGGGCCAGGCAAGGCCUCUGGUGCCGGCAGCUGCCCCCCUGUGGUGGGCACUGCUAGGCCUGUGCCAAGCAACAGCUAUUACUUUCAUGGUUUAUAAACAAUAAACUGUGAUGGCAGGCACAUCUCUGCCUUCCCUGAGCCUGAC